AAUCAGUUAUAUACAGAGGGGACAGGAGGGUAAUCUUGUAUAUAGAGAGAACUAAAAUGCUGAUCUCCUUCAGUAAAAGCACUGAGUCAGACAAGGAUCUAUUAAUAAUAUACUAGUUGAAACAGAAACUACUUGUGGACAAAGAGCAAAGCUUCUUUUAAUCUACAGAGCACAGAGAGGGGAGGGGCAAAAGUAGGUGCAGCUUCAUAAGAGGAAAAACGAGAAAGUAAAUAGGAAGUGAGAUUCAAGCAGGAGACACAGGGAAUAAGCACAUUUGUUAGAGAUUAAGGUCUAAUUGCUGCACAGACAGCUGCUGGGCUACAUUGUCUGACACAAGGGCUGUAGGCCGGAACCUGCCAUGGCUAGUGGUGAGGUGGGCUUGCUGCCCCCUGAUGGCACUUGUGAUGCCUGCGAGCCAGACGAGCCCAGAGAAGCAGCAGAGAUCUGUGAUGAUUGUGGCUUUUCCUUCUGUGACACUCACGCCGAGGAGCACAGGGCUAUAUUCCCAGGGCACAGUAUCAGGGACCAGUGGGACUUCUCGCAGGAGCUGCCUGCAGCACUGGGCACCAGCAAUGAACAACCAGAGACUGACGACAAGAAAAAAUGCCCAACACACAACCAGGAACUGAGUUUGUACUGCAGGGAGGACAAGGAGAUAAUCUGUGUCCUCUGUGCUGUCACCGGCAAUCACAGGCAGCACCAGCUUAUUACCCUUAGAGAGGCCUAUUUAGAAAUGAAGAACAGAAAGCCUGUUGACCUGAAGAUGGCCAUGACUGAGAUGAUAGAGCGGCUAAAGAGCAAGUGCGCAGAUCCAAGAGUCAGUCGGGGUGACAUAAAAGCCUUCGUCCAGAUGCAGUUUGAGCACAUGAGGCAGUUGGUUCAGGAAGAGGAGCACCGGGCUCUGCACUUUGUGGACCUUCAGGAGGCAAUGGCCUCAGCUCAUGUGACCGAAGUGCUGGAAGAGCUCAAUGUCACCAUGGGCAAUCUGAUGACUGAGAUGGUAGAGGUCACCCGGCAGCUUAACAGCUUCAACCAGAUAGCAAUGGAGAGAGAUGAGGACCCAGAAGACAAUUCCAGGGAGGACGGACCCUCUCAAAAUUCAGCUGCUGAAGGAAGCUCCAGAUCUUAUUUUAAAGACCCUCCAAAAGGCAAUGGACCUUGGUGAAAAGCGCUUGCAGGCAAUGGGUCUAUACACUUUCCGGUGUCGUCCUGUCUGGUCAUUCCAGUUACCGAGUCAGGAGGGAACAGCACUUCCGAGACCACAUCUGCUUCCAGAGCCUGUCUAGGUUUAUAGGACAUUUCAUGGUUUAAAUAGGAAGAGAACUGUUUGAUCUAAAAGCAAAGACUUCUUCAAGAAAGUGCAUUGGAUUUUGUAGUGGUCUCUAUCUUCCUACUGUGAUAUAAUUAACCCCAAUUAGGGUUGAUACACAAGCGUGGUAUGCGUAAUUAUCCCAGCAACACAUCUGUUUAGUAUCUUUAUGGGCAUUUGUACUGAGAGGUUUAGGGUAAGUGACCAGAAUCGCAUGCCACGUUACAUAGAAUAUGAGCUUAUUAAGCGACAAUUACAUUAUUUAAAUAUAACUAAAAGAUAAUUACAAUGUUCUCCCCAGAACCCUUGUAAUGAUUAUACUGGCCAGCAGCUAAUAAUGAAGCCAGAAUUCAAGUAAAAUUAUCUAAUAUUAUUUUUUUAAAUAUGUGGUUUAGCUAGAAGAAAAUGUUAUAAUAUUACAAAAUAUUACACUGCCCCACCCAGCUACUUCCUAAUGCCACCCCGCUGGCAACAUUUUCGGUGGAAAACAGUGAAUUGGUUCCUUGAUGAAUAUGCAAGUUAUGCACCAGUAGCUCAGCCUCAUAGAGGUGACCAAGGAACCCCUGGCAUCUGGUCUUGAAACUCUAGACCAACAGCAGGUGCAAUGCAAGCCCGGACAUGAAGUCUGCUAUACGUAGCAUUCAGCAUAUCUACAUUAACAAUCUGGUACAUUAUUAACAGAAUACAGAGAAAUCCGCUAUCACUUCACGUACUGUUUAUGGGUUUUGCUUCACUAACUUCUUGGAUGCCAAUGACACUCUUGAUACCAAAGUAUCAUCUCCUUCCCCACGAUGGUACAACUGUCGGGGGUGCAGGGAAACCCUACCACACAGUGGGCAUCACACAAGGCCCAGUUGUUUCCUCUUCUUCAACUAAAUGAUAGCAUAUACCAUGUAUAGAUAUAGCACUUACUGGGCUUGACAGCAAAAGAUGUCCUUUAUUCAAGUGACGUUUCGGGGGAAUACACCCCUUCAUCAGACCUUUAUUUUAUUUAUAUAUAUAUAUAUAUAUAUAUAUAUAUAUAUAUAUAUAUAUAUAUAUAUAUAUAUAUAAGAGAAAAAACUGUGCACUCACAUAAGAGACAAAAUACAGAUCAUAUUCAGUCUAAUAUCAGACAAAAUCUAUAUGCAAUGCAAAAGUAGACAAAUGAAACUCAAGGAAAAAAUCUCCAAGUGCUAAAGAAAAGUCUUACAGUUCAGUAGUGUUCAUAACUAUAGUAAAGUCUACUUAGGUUGCGGCUGCUUCUUGAAAAUGGUCUCCGGCACCUUCUCGGAGUAUGGUAAAAUCUGAGGAUAAGAGAAAAAGCACACAAAACAAACCUAUAUAGUGUAGUAGCAACAAAGUAGCGGUUUGUGUCAAGUGAAUCAGGAGAGGAUUAUAAAGUUAAAACAUCCACUUUAUUGAAUAAAUCCAUUAAACGAUCCAAAGGGCACAGCAAACAGAUGCAGUGCCUGUUUGCUGUGCCCUUUGGAUCUUUUAAUGGAUUUAUUCCAAGUAUACCCCGGGGGGGGGGGGUACUUAGAGCUUUGGUAAGGGUACUCAGUGGCUUGAUCUUUCGUUAUUUUUUGCCCACUUUCGGGGCUAUGCACUAUUGCCUUAUUCGUUUUUAAAUAAUAAUAUUCAUGUGUUGCAGUUAUAGGGUACUUAGGGUACAAAUUUAUGCCUGUAGGGGUAUUUGGUACAAAAGGAUUGGGAAACACUGGUGUAGUAUAUUUAAAAUAACAGAUAAGAGACAAAAAGUAUAAUAAGUGUCCACCCCCCAGGGUUUUUACUCACAGGAUAUAACCUCAACUGAAAUAAGGUAUGAUCUGUGUGAAAGUAAAUACUAGGAGUCCCGAGAGCGGUCCCGCUACAUGCACAAGCCGGAAGGUGUGCAUUCACUCAGGCUCUGGAAUGAUGGAAGGUAAAUCUCUGCGUAUGCAGAAUAGGAUUCUUACUAAAUCCAGAUGACAAUAGGUAUUAGGGAAACACUGAAACCUUUCUUGAAUUCAAACGGCAUCCGCUGAUAGCUGAGUAUGAGUAUGUGCCUAGUGACCUCUGGGAACCUCUACGUGUGUACUGAGGUAAGGUGGGCGGUGCCUUAUGCAUUUUGUGGUAUGUCACCACUUCGUCAGAGUAUUAUUCACGCCCACUGGAAGUCUCCAUAUUUAUGUGUAAAUUAUAAGUCCAACCACUUCAAAAUCACUAUAGUAAAAUAGUAUCUUACUCAAGAGUAGAGGAAACAUAGUAAUAAACUAAACAAAGUCAUCACUAUAUAUCACUCUGUUAUAUUAAAUAUUCUACACUAUG